AAACGGCUUUUUCUUGGGUCUCUUGCAGCCCUGGUGGUGAGAUUCCUCACAAAGCGCUUCAUCGGGGACUAUGAGAGAAACGCAGGUAACCUUUAUAGCAGACAGAUCCAAAUAGAUGGAGAGAUGCUUGCUAUUCAAGUACAGGAUACACCAGGUGUUCAGAUCCAUGAACACAAUCUGGACUGUAAUGAACAGUUGAACAGAUGCAUUCGAUGGGCAGAUGCUGUUGUGAUUGUUUUCUCCAUCACAGAUUAUAAGAGCUAUGAACUACUUAGUCACCUUCACCAGCAAGUUCGACAGUUACAUCCAGGAAACAGAGUCCCUGUUGUUGUUGUAGCAAAUAAAGCUGAUCUCUUGCAUAUUAAAGAAGUGGAGCCACAGCAUGGACUUCAACUAGCAAACAUGCUGGGUUGUACUUUUUAUGAAGUGUCUGUCAGUGAGAACUACAAUGACGUCUUUAAUGCCUUUCAUGUCCUGUGUAAAGAAGUUAGUAAACAACAGAUAACUAGCACCCCUGAGAAGAGAAGAACCUCUCUUAUCCCAAGGCCAAAAUCACCGAACAUGCAGGAUCUGAAGAGAAGGUUUAAGCAAGCUUUGUCUGCUAAAGUUAGAACUGUCACUUCUGUCUGAAAGCAAAGUUAAGUGGCGGUUUUUCUUCUCAACUUGUCAAAAAGUUCCAACCUUGGAAUGUUAAACAGUGGCACUGUGGAGUACAAGGCAGCGUGAAAGAAGGAUGGUUCAGAGGUUCUUUUGAAGUGCUUUAGAAAUAAACAGUUGCUUAAAGGAGAAACAGUGCAGCUUGAAUGAGCUCCAUAAGUGGUUAUAGAAAGCGAAUGGAACAUCAAUCUUCUUUUGAAAACCAAACUUUUAAAUAAUCGAAAAGAAAACCCACAAAACUUUAGUCUUGUUUUCCUAGGAUGGGACACAGUUGGCUUGAUGUACAACCACAUCACUUAACUAAGUUUGGUGACAAAAAAAAUACGCUGACUGCAGCUUACUCAUUGGAAAUAACUAUUUGAGUCUUACAGUUGUAUGCUUGUUUUCAGUAUUGAAUGAAGGACAGCAUGUCUGUAUUUUAAUGGCCGUUAAAGCUUGGUUUUAACCCAUAUAUUCAGAAGCACAAUUGAGCUUGUUUUGAAAAGUCAGUGUAAAAUGAGUCCAUGACUGAGUUUCAUGACUGUAAAAACAAUGCUACAAUAUUUUUACUAGCUACAUUAUUACUGAGAGUUAGACCCUGUGCACAAUAUUUUUGGGUACAAAAAUUCUGGUCAAAGUGUAUUUUAUCACCACAAAUAACUUUUUUACUGCCUGAAAAAAUCUAAUUUUAAAAUAUGCUCGUUACACUAUUGCUGCUUUUCAGAUGCAAGUCCUGAGUUGAAAUGAAAGUCCUUAGUACUUGUGUAGUGCAAAACCCUUUCCAUUUCUCCCCUUCCAUCCCAUUCUUUGUAGUAGGUAUGGAAGCAGCUCACUUUGUCAGUUGAGUAUUGCAUGACAUACAGUUGGCUCUAGGUAGUGAAACUGGUUGGAUCAUUCUUAACUGAGCCAUUCCUCUCCAAGUUCAGUGGGAUAUUCAUUUUAACCACACAUAGCAGAUGUGUGCAUUUUUACAUUGAGCCAAUGGAGUGUGAGAAUAUAGGCUAACGGCCUUUAUACAAAUGCACUUUAAAAAGCCACUUGUGCUUUUGCUUAAACUGUAACUUAUUUAUUUUGUGUACAAUAACUCUUUCUGUGAAGCAGACUUUUUACACUUGCAGUCUGUUUGAGCAUUAAAAUUUUUUGGAACUGUA